CCGGCAUUACUUUAUCUAGGCACAAGGAAGCCUGGAGACCCUAAGGAAACACCCCACCACGUGUCAAAAGCACACUUAGGUCCCGCGUACUCCUCGCCUUAGUAAAAGCAAUUCCUGGAUCCAUACUGUACUGUCUGUACACUCCUUCCAACGCAUCUGACUUGACGAGACAUCCCUCACCACUGGAUCCUUCCACACUACCUGCAGGUCGACAUCUCAACGUGUGCUGUGGAACUCGAACCCCCUGUCGAGGUGUCCAUGUUGGUGUGAAUGCUCCAAUGCUCGACAAUUCGCGGCCCAUCGUUGGCCUUCGCCGGACGCAUAGGAAAUCUCGGACGGGGUGCAAAACAUGUCGAGGUCGCCAUAUUCGAUGCGACGAGAAGUCGCCCAUUUGGUGAGCAAAUCUCGGCUACCUUCGGAUUUUGGAGACUGAUGUAGUGAUAGUCGGAACUGUGAACGAAGCGGGCGCCAGUGCCACUAUGGUUCGUCCAUCUAUAUUAUUCCCAAACAGCUGGGAAGCUCUCUCUCCACACCAAGACACUAAUAGCAAACAGUAGUCAAAGUAAAGGAUGAAGCGGGAAACGAACCACCACCGUACAACCUAAUAUAUAAUUAUCCUACAGUGGAAGCAGCUAAACUACCACCGCAAGAGCUCUUUCUCUUGCAACAUCUCUCUUCCUUCACUCCAGAGGUUCAGUUCAUAGACAACAAAUACUCGUCGUGGAUGCGUCAAGUUCCCUCGUGCGUUUCUUCCCCUCCCUUGGGCUUGGCCUAAGCUAACCUAGAAAGGAUGAUUGGCGACCAUCGGUUCCUGCUCGACGUUGUCCUAGGUGUAUCUGCGGCUCACCACAACUUGUCGGUUGGGGGAACUGAUUCAGGCCAACUUGCUCUUUAUUACCGUGGCCGAGGCUUGAAAGGCCUCCAGGACGCACUAGGAAACUUCUCGGAAUCAAAUGCGGACGCAGUUCUUGCCUCUUCAAUUAUUCUGACGUGGUAUUCGACUGAAUGGUAAGUUAGAAGAUGUAUUCUACGCAUCCGUUGGUUAAAGUUUCAUCAGGAAGGAAUGGUCGUCCUUGACCCACGGAAUUCACGCUAUCCAAUCAACGAUGCAACCGUAUGCAGAUAGGUCACAUUUUGUGACGCUCAUCGAAGAGCAAGCUAUUGUUCCCCCUGAGCUCCAGCCGUUACCACCAACUUCGGAGCAUUCAGCAGAGCCGAAUCGUAAUGAUAUCGAAGCCCUAGACGAGCUGAUUAGCAGACUGGGAGAAGUAAAGAUUUACGUUGAAGGGCACGAAGAGGAGAUGUCGCUUCUGGACAAAAUACUGGACUUUGCCCUUAUGCUGAAAGCCAAGGUUCCAAUGACUAGCACGGACGAGCAAUACUCAUCAUCUAGGUUGUUGCGGGUAGCAUUAGUGACCAUACCGGUUAACUUGAUACGUCGUGUCCGAAGAGACGCUCUCUCAAUAGUCGUGGCUGCCCAUUUUUAUGCAGCAGUGUUGGCAGUACAACCAUUGUUUCCGGCUAUGGGUGCUAUGGCAAGUUCCUCGAAAAUAAGCACUUUGGCUUUGCUAACUCGAAUUAGUUUUUUGGCCACCUCGCGCUUGCGCCGCUUACUGAACUUGGUAGACAUCUGGAGGAUCAGAGAAAUGAUCCUAUCGCAGCGAGGAAGUACGAUUGGAAUGCUGCCGCUAAGCACAUGCUCUAUCCAGCCGAGACUGUUAGACGCUUUCGAAGGAAGAUGGGCUGGCCGACUUCUCCGGAAUCUCUGAUACCGUUGCCUUAUAACUCUCUAGAUUCAAGCGCUGACUCGCCAAUUUCAAAUACUUGAAACAAAUAUGCGUAAUUGAAUCCGUUUCCAGGACAGGGCAUUUGGUGGACUUAAAUUGAGACGAUCGCAAUAUACACAAGCCUCGACUUUCUUUCAUGGAGUAUUAGCUUCAGUACAUGGGGGAUCGUCGUGUUCAGUUCGUUGGAAAUUUACACGCUCUUCCGACUAGCUUUCGCAGAAUGACAGUCUGCAAAGUCUGCAAGCUUCAGCAAAAUGUACUAAUAACGUCGACUAAGACAACCAUAUACAUAACCAUAUACAUACUUUCUAGAGUAUACCAGGAGGAAGAGGACGUGAGUCUUCAGGCCUCACAAAACUUGGAGGAUGAACUGCUAGAUGAAGCAGCGUGGAACGCGAUUAGAGCGAAUUUGUAGGCAUCUUGGCCGCGCGGGAUCAUGGAGUUGUGUACAUCGGGCAUCAAAAUGACAAGCUUUCGCUUAGCUAUGCAGAGAGAAAGGGAUUGGCGGAUUCUCACGAAUACGACCCCGACACUCACCAGAACCAAGCACGUCCAAAGCGCAUUCCUCCAUACUUCGAUGUUCUGGAUCAAAUAAAACGAAAUUGCACCUAAAAGUACCUUCUGUCUAUCUCAUUCACUCGGUCGAAUGUCCCUAUCGAACACCACUUGAAACUGGCACGAGUGGCUGUGGCUGAGCUUCUUACUGGAGAAGAGCCUUCUGAAGUUCAAUCAUUGGACGCUUGUAUUGCACAACCUCCAAUGACUGUGGAGAGAUGGAGUUGAGUUGAAGAACAUCGAGGUGGAUUGGUGGAGAGACAUGGCAGUAUGGCCUGUGGUUGGCUUGUGUAUAUACGACCUACGGCGAGAAAAUAUUAAAAUCAAUACAGGUUGACAGAGC